AUGAAAGCGUUACUGAGUCUCACUUUUGCUGCACUGGCUCUUGCCAGUUCUAAUUCCUCAUGUCGUUGCAGACCCCAUGAGCCCUGUUGGCCCUCUCCACAAGAGUGGAAUGCCCUUAACAGCUCUGUUAAUGGUAAUCUGUUCGCCGUUCGGCCGGUGGCCGCCCCCUGCCAUGAAGGAGACUCCGAAGCCUGCGACUUUGUCAGCAAGCAAUGGUAUAAUUCCACCUGGCGAGCCGCGCAGCCUGGCGCAGUCCAGUGGGAAAACUGGGACUCGUGGUUGGAGCAUAACCAGACCUGCUCUAUCAUAAAUCCUCGGGGCCCUUGCGGUCAGGGGAGGGUCUCUUUAUACUCUGUUGUGGCCGAGAAAGCAUCUCAUAUCCAAGAAGCUGUUCGGUUCGCCAAAAGACACAAUCUUCGCCUUGCGAUCAAGAACUCUGGGCAUGACUUCCUUGGUCGCUCGACGGCGCCGGAGUCACUCCAGAUCCUUACCAACGGAAUGAAGGAUAUUCACUUCAGUGAGAACUUCAGACCGAGUGGUGCUCCAAGGAAUAUUUCAGAGGGUUCUGCCAUCACCAUUGGGGCUGGUGUCAGUUUACAGGAGCUAUAUCCUGCUGCUGGAAAGAAAGGCAAGACAGUGGUUGCUGGUCUUUCACACACUGUUGGUGCUGCCGGUGGGUAUAUCCAGGGAGGAGGGCACUCUUUCUUGGGGCCCUGGAAGGGCAUGUCCACUGAUAAUGUACUCGAAUACACUGUCGUGACUGCUGAUGGCCACCUGGUUUUCGCGAACAACUAUCGGAACACUGACCUCUUCUGGGCUCUUCGCGGCGGAGGAGGGGGCACCUUUGGUGUAGUGGUGACAGUGACCCUGCGCACGUUUGACGAGGUCCCAGUUGUCUUUGGCAAUCUCAAUGUCAGUACCGUGGCCGGUGAUCCCAAUUUCUGGCAGGUGAUGACGGAUUUCCAUGCCGCUUUACCAGCCAUGAAUGACCACGCGGGGGGCUACUAUUGGAUGACUCCCAACAUGCCAGUGGACAAGACACUGAAUGUCUCGUCGUUGUCAAUCAUACUCAUGGCUGCGAAUCAAACCAGCACAGCAAUGAUGGAUCGUCUCUAUGCGCCUUUCAGAUCAAAGCUGAAUGCAACGUCCGGUGUCUUUACGCAAUACAAGUCGCUGGCCUUUCCCAACAUCCAUACUCUUCUCUCAGACCUCCUCCUUCCCGGAGGGGAAGACCCAACUGGUCAUAACACUAUCCUAGGAUCAAGGCUAUUCUCUCGCGAUCUGCUUGUUUCGCGCGACGGCCCAAAGAAACUUAUCUCCGCUCUACAGAAGAUCAAGUUCGAUCCCGGACAAGGUAUCACCGGCCACAUCGUCGCAGGAGGCCUCGUCGCCAAGAACGGACGGACUAUCGACAGCGCUUUGAAUCCGGCCUGGAGAAAAGCAGCUACCCAUAUCGAUUUUGCUCGCGCCUGGCCGCCGUCUGCCACCCUCACACAACGGGAUGCUAUUAUUCGUCGUCUGACUGAUGUUGAAAUGCCAAUUCUCAAGGCUGUUGAGGGAAAGAAGAUGGGGUCCUAUAUGAACGAGGCAAAUGCCUAUGAGCCAGAUUUCCAGACUGAGUUCUGGGGAAGCAACUAUCCGCGUCUGUACCGCAUCAAGCAGAAAUGGGAUCCCGCUGGUCUUUUCAUUGCUCGGAAGGGAGUGGGAAGUGAGGAUUGGGAUGAUGCUGGACUUUGCCGGGUUCACAGGAAUUAG